GCGGGAGCGGGGCUGGAGGACGUACCAUAGACUGGUCGGGUAGAGGCUUCCAGGACCUGAGUGCUGUCGAGAGAGGAAGCGAAGGGCGCCAUCUUUGUAUUUUGUAUCAUGACUUCUCAAGAGAAGACAGAAGAGCAUCCUUUUGCAGAUAUAUUUGAUGAAGAUGAAACUGAAAAGAAUUUUUUGUUUUCCAAACCUGUUUGCUUUGUUGUAUUUGGGAAACCAGGUGUUGGGAAAACAACAUUAGCCCAUCACAUAGCACAGGCAUGGAAAUGUAUUCGUGUUGAAGCUUUGCCAAUUUUGGAAGAACACAUUGCUGCUGAAACCGAAUUAGGAGUUAUGUUGCAGUCAAUGUUGAUCAGCGGUCAAAGCAUUCCAGAUGAACUUGUCAUAAAGCUAAUGUUGGAGAAGCUCAACUCCCCAGAAGUCUGUCACUUUGGUUAUAUUAUCACUGAAAUACCAUCACUUUCACAGGAUGCCAUGACUACCUUACAGCAAAUAGAAUUAAUUAAAAACCUAAAUUUGAAACCUGAUAUUAUGAUCAAUAUAAAGUGUCCUGACUAUGAUUUAUGCCAGAGAAUUUCUGGGCAAAGACAGCACAAUAGUACGGGAUACAUAUACAGUAGAGACCAGUGGGAUCCUGAAGUCAUUGAGAAUCAAAGGAAAAAGAAGAAAGAAGCCCAAAAAGACAAGAAAGGAGAAGAGGAAGAAGAGGAGGAAGAGCAAGAAGAAGAAGAGGCAUUUAUUGCUGAAAUGCAGAUGGUGGCUGAAAUUCUUCAUCAUCUGGUUCAGAGGCCUGAAGAUUAUUUGGAAAACGUCAAAAACAUUGUUAAGCUUUAUAAGGAAACAAUUCUCCAAACUUUAGAAGAAGUAAUGGCUGAACACAAUCCCCAGUAUCUCAUUGAGCUAAGUGGAAAUAAACCACCAGAGGAGCUCUUUACGAUUGUUAUGGAUCGACUUAAAUAUCUCAACCUAAAAAGGGCAGCUGUUAUAACCAAACUUCAGGGUGCAGAGGAAGAAGUUAGUGACACAUUGGAAAAUGGUGAGCUGUUUCGUACUCUUGCAUCUUAUAAACCUAUUGCACCAAGAUAUAGAUGGCAGAGAAGCAAAUGGGGACCUACAUGUCCUGUGAAUUUAAAAGACGGUAACAUUUAUUCAGGAUUAUCAGAUUAUUCUGUGAGUUUUCUAGGUAAGAUCUACUGUCUUUCAUCAGAAGAAGCAUUAAAACCAUUUUUAUUGAACCCACGUCCCUAUCUGCUUCCACCUAUGCCAGCACCACCGUGUAAAGUAUUCAUAAUUGGACCUCAAUAUUCAGGGAAAACAACACUUUGCAAUAUGCUUGCAGAAAAUUACAAAGGAAAGGUAGUCGACUAUGCCCAACUUGUUCAGCCACGUUUUGAUAAAGCCCGUGAAAGAUUAGUAGAAAAUACUAUAGCUGAGGCCACUGUAGCAGCAAUUAAAGUUGUGAAAGAAAAGCUUCUCACGGAACUGCAAGCUAAAAAACAAGCUGAAACAACUUUAAGAGAAUUUCAAAGGCAGUAUGAACAAAUGGAAUUUGGAGUAUUCCCGACAGAUGCACAUAAAAGCUUAGAGGACACAGACUCGUCAAUUAAUGAAAGGUACAUUCAAGGCUCCCAAAGGGAGAGAAGCAGUUCUUUAGAGGACACUGAAGAAGCCAAAACAAAAUCAGAAAAUGUCCUUUCUGAUCAAGCUGCUAAAGUUGAUAAAGAUGAAGACUCAAUAGAAGAGGUAACUGCAGAUCAUCCAGAGGUUGUGUCCAUGAUUGAGAAGACUAUAAAAAUGUCACAGGAUAUGAACUUUGAACAGCCAUAUGAAAAGUAUGCUGAAAUCUUACAGGAAGUCCUUAGAGAGGUAAUGGAAGAAAACAAGGAUAGGUUUCCUGGUGCCCCAAAAUAUGGAGGCUGGAUCAUGGACAACUGCCCUAUUAUGAAAGAAUUGUGGAUGGUCUUAAUCAAGAAAGAAAUUAUACCUGAUUUGGUCAUCUAUUUAUCAGAUACAGUAAACAAUGGAAAAUGUUUAUUAAAUAGAAUAUAUUUACGGAAUAAAUCUGAAAUUGACUCUAAAAUUUUAGAAAGAUUAUUAGAAGAACUACAAAAGAAAAAAAAGGAGGAAGAAGCAGCAAGAAAAGCCACAGAAGAGGAAUUGAGACUUGAAGAAGAAAAUCAAAGGCUACUGGAAGAUUUGAAAGUGAAAGUAAAAGAAGCUGAAGAAACUGAUAAUGAGGAUGAAGAGGAGAUUGAAGGUGAUGAGUUAGAAGUUCACGAAGAACCUGAGGCAUCUCAAGAUACCCGAGGCUCAUUGUUACCUGAGGAGUCUGAAGCAUCUGAGGUCCCUGAAAGUGAGCCUGAAGCAGUUUCUGAGCCUAUUGAGGAAACUACAGUAGAAACAGAAAUCCCAAAAGGAUCCAAAGAGGACCUGGAAACUGAAAAAUUAUCUGAAACAGUGGUACUACCUGAGUUUCCAGAAGAUGCUUAUCCUGAUGUUCCUGAAAUGGAGCCUUUUAAGGAGAAGACUAAUUCUUUCAGCAUCCUCUGGAAACAACUGGAAGCAACAAUUAGUGAAGCUAACAUCAAAAUUUUAAACUUGGAGAUUUCUGGCAGAACUCCACAGGAAUUACUUCAAAAAGUCGUUGAGACUAUGGAAAAACCAUUUCAAUAUACUGCACGGGAGUUAACUGGGGAAGAUUAUGAGGAAGAAACAGAAGACUACCAGACUGAGGCAGAGGUCGAUGAGGAGCUAGAAGAAGAGGAAGAUGAAGAGGGUGAAGAUAAAAUUAAGGAGAGAAAGAGGCAAUUGGGAGACACAAAACAUUUUUGUCCAGUGGUCCUCAAGGAAAACUUCAUCCUACAACCAGGAAACAUGGAAGAAGCAGCUAAAUAUCGAGAAAAGAUCUACUACUUUUCAAGUGCUGAGGCUAAAGAAAAGUUUUUGGAGCAUCCUGAGGAAUAUGUGGCUUAUAAAGAACCAUUGAAGGCUCCUCCAUUAAGAGUAUGCCUUGUUGGCCCCCAUGGCUCUGGCAAAACUAUGUGUGGAAGACAGUUGGCAGAAAAAUUGAACAUUUUUCACAUUCAGUUUGAAGAAGUUCUUCAAGAAAAACUACUACUCAAAACUGAAAAGAAAGUGGGACCUGAAUUUGAGGAAGAUUCUGAGGAUGAAGAAGCUGCCAAACAAGAACUUGAAGAGUUUGCAAUUCAGGCCAAUGUCAAACUUGAGGAAGAAAAUACAAAGAAGCAGCUUCCAGAAGUACAACUUACAGCAGAAGAAGAAGUAAUCAAAUCAAGUCUAAUGGAAAAUGAGCCACUGCCUCCAGAAAUUCUUGAAGUAAUUCUUUCUGAGUGGUGGCUUAAGGAACCAAUACGUUCCACAGGUUUUAUACUAGAUGGUUUCCCACGAUAUCCAGAAGAGGCCCAGUUUUUGGGGGAGCGUGGAUUUUUCCCAGAUGCAGCUAUUUUUAUGCAAGUUGAGGAUCAAGAUAUUUUUGUUCGCCUCCUUCCUGCCCAAAUUGAAAAGUGGAAACUAAAACAAAAGAAGAAAUUAGAAAGGAAAAAACUGAUCAAAGACAUGAAGGCGAAAAUCAGGGCUGAUAUGAUUGCUAAAAGAAGGGUUGAACUUAUAUUAGAGAGAGAGAAAAGAAGGAGAGAGAAUCCUGUUAGAGAUGAUGAAGAGAUUAGUGAGGAAGACCUUGAAGAAGACGAUGAUGAUAUUGAAAACAUCCUUGAAGAAGAGUUUCCAAAAAAUGAGGAAGAGAUGAGUGGUGAGGAAGAUGAAGAACAGGAAGCUGAUGCAAUUGAGCGCCUGAGAGGUGAACUGGGAGAAAAAUUUGAAGCAGAGAUGCAUAAUUUACAAAUAAUGCAGGAUGAACUCGAGAGGUAUUUGAUACCAAUAAUUUCCAUUAAUGGAGCUCGGAAAAAUCACAUUGUACAAUAUACAUUGAAUACGAAACUGAAACCAUUGGUGGAAAACCGUGCAAGCAUUUUUGAGAAAUGUCAUCCAAUACCAGCAUCCCUUGCCCAUAAAAUGCUCACUUUUACUUACAAGUAUAUAAGCUCAUUCGGCUAUUGGGACCCAGUAAAGCUAAGUGAAGGAGAAACAAUCAAGCCCGUUGAAAAUGCAGAGAAUCCAAUUUAUCCCGUAAUCCAUCGUCAGUAUAUUUAUUUUUUGUCUAGUAAAGAAACAAAAGACAAAUUUAUGAAGAACCCAAUCAAAUAUAUCCGCCAACCCAAACCUAGACCUACUGUGCCCAUUAGGAUUAUAAUUGUGGGGCCUCCAAAAUCUGGGAAAACUACAGUUGCAAAAAAAAUUACAAGUGAAUAUGGCCUAAAGUGUAUAUCAAUAGGAGAAGCUUUGCGUUCUGUACUGAAAAAUCACCCGGAAACAGAGCUGGCACUUAUGUUAAAUUGGCAUCUUCAUAAAGGAAUGACAGCACCUGAUGAACUGGCUAUUCAGGCUUUAGAACUUUCUCUGAUGGAAGGUGUGUGCAGUACUGCAGGUGUUGUCAUUGAUGGAUAUCCUGUAACUAAACAUCAAAUGAAUCUUUUGGAAGCCAGGUCAAUCAUUCCCAUGGUCAUCUUUGAAUUGAGUGUGCCUUCCAAGGAGAUUUUCAAAAGAUUGCUCCUAGAAAAAGGAAAUGAACAAAGGUUGCCUUAUCCAUUGCACAAUAGUGCACAAAUUAUAGCUGUCAGGAAUGUAAAGUACCACAAAAAUAUUGGUGAGAUUAGGCAAUAUUAUCAAGAACAGCAUCAGAACUGGUAUGUGAUUGAUGGAUUUCACAGCAAAUGGUGGGUAUGGAAUGAAGUUGUUAAGAAUGUUCAGAUGGUGAAUAAAUACAUGCAGAUAUACCUGGAAAGAAUAAAAGCAGGAAAAGCUGCCUGCAUUGACAAGUUAUGUAUCACACCUCAAGAGCUGCUUUCUCGCCUGGGAGAAUUUGGACAGUUCUGUCCUGUCAGCCUGGCAGAAUCCCAGGAAUUAUUUGAUUGCUCUGCAGCUGACUCCUUGGAAUUUGCAGCAGAGUUCAGAGGGCACUACUAUAAAAUGAGUUCUCAGGAAAAACUGAAUAAAUUCUUGGAGAACCCAGAAUUGUACGUGCCUCCCUUAGCACCUCAUCCGCUUCCAUCUGCUGACAUGAUCCCCAAAAGGCUGACUCUGUCAGAGCUGAAGAGUCGAUUCCCUAAGUGUGCAGAGCUCCAGGGAUACUGUCCAGUGACCUAUCAGGAGGGAAAACAAAGAUAUGAAGCCCUAGUACCUGGUAGCAUUAACUGUGCUUUAGAAUAUCGUAAUCGUAUAUAUAUUUGUGAGAAUAAAGAAAAACUCCAGAAAUUUUUGAGGUCGCCACUGAAAUACUGGGAACAGAAGCUUCCAUACAAGCUUCCUCCGUUAAGGGAACCGAUACUUCUUACUAGUCUUCCUUUGCCUGGAUAUUUGGAACAGGGUAUUGCAACUUCUCUAAUAAAAGCAAUGAAUUCAGCAGGAUGUUUAAAGCCCAAGUUCCCCUUCUUAAGUAUAAGGAGAUCUGCACUACUCUAUAUAGCACUUCAUCUAAAAGCAUUUAAUCCCAAAGGUUCUGAAUAUACAAGAAAAAAGUAUAAGAAGAAGAUGGAGCAGUUUAUGGAAAGAUGUGAACUCAUAACAUACCUGGGUGUCAAGAUGACCAGAAAAUACAAGGAACCUCAGUUCAGAGCCAUUGACUUUGAUCAUAAGUUACAGACCUUUCUCUCUCUCAAAAAUAUAGACCCAAUUAAUGGGUAAUUUACUUAGGUGACAGCAACCUGAAUCUCAAGAGUUAUCUGAAGGUGACAGAGGGAAACUGAUAGAAGUUUGAAAAUCUGGGCCUCUUAGAAGUACUUUUGCCACCUGAGCAACAUACCAUGGCUAGCAGACUUCACAUCAACUCAAAGGUCUGCCAGCCAGUAAGGAGCAUGCUUAUAUAAACAUAAGUUUUAAUACAAUUUUAAAAUGUGUUGCUCUUUGCCUGAACUUUGAUGAUUUAACAAAAUAGACAUUCCAUUUAAAAUUCCAUAUAGAAAAUUUAAGUAACUCAUUUAGUAAAUAUAUUAUUUUCCUUUUUAAGAUUUUCAGUAGAAAAGCCAGUGUCUGUUAAAAUUACUCAUUAAAUGUUAGAAAGCUUUAAGAAACACAAUUAACAUUGUUAUAAAUGAAACCAAAAUAUGGGUUAUACAUUUUACAUAAGAAAUUGUUUGUGGACUUUGUAAACAUAAGAUACCAUCAUUUUCCCAAAAAAAUAAAUGGAUUUUGCAACAA